AAUCAACAUUUUUUUAUCUGUUAUUCUGUUUCUGACUAACUGACACACAGAACUGACAUUAAUUUGUGAGUUUGAGAUCUACCCUAGCGUCAAAUUUUGUUGUUUUUAUAUUUUCCGUAAUUCUAGGUAAACUAUAAGGCUGUUUAAUUUAUAAUCAUGGAAGUUAAAGAAUGCAACGAUUUGUCUGAAGAAAAUCAAUUCAUUGUAGACGAUGUGAGUAAAAUUAUUAAAGAAGCAAUUGAAAACUCCAUCGGAGGCACCGCGUAUCAACAUAACAAAGUAAAUCAGUGGACAUCCGCUGUAGUAGAGUCUUGUUUAAGUCAACUAACAAAACUUCAGAAACCUUACAAAUAUAUAGUGACUUGCACAAUAAUGCAGAAGAAUGGAGCAGGUCUACAUACAGCUUCAUCAUGCUUUUGGGAUAAUAAUACUGACGGUUCCUGUACAGUGCGUUGGGAGAACAAAACUAUGUAUUGCAUUGUUUCAGUCUUUGGCCUUGGAAUUUAAUAUUUAUUUUAUGUAUUUAUUUUAACAAUACUGGUCUGUAAAAAAUGUCUAAGCACAUAUAUGCAAAAUUAGUAAGUUAACAAGAAACCCAGCUUCUGAAUAGAUUAUUAUAUUAUUUUAUAAUACCAAAAUAUAGGUAUACUUUUGCACUCAAGUUAAUAGCUUGUAUUAAUUGUAUAAACUAUGUUCACUGCAGCUUCACUGAGCUUUAAAAUCUUGUAGGAAGUGCAAGAAUUGAAAAAUUAUAGAAAUGUCAUUCAACUUCUUGUUUAAUACUUCUUUCAUUUGUGACAAUUUGUGGAGGUAAAAACUACUAAAAACUAAUAUGGCUUAAAAAUAGAAAUUAGUAUUAUAUUCGUUACUUAACUAUAAGUAAGUAGGAUAUAUUUUCAUACACAAUAAAUAUAAUUGCAAAAAAGGGUUUAGUUUUAUUAAAACAGCAUUUACUAUUACACUUUUGAGAGUAUUAAAUAAUUAGUCUGUAAAAUUUGGCGCAAUAUCAUAUUAUCAAUAGACUAGUACUUAAAGGUAAUACGUUCCUGCACUUAAUGCUUACAAUAGAUUUUGUGAUUAUUCUCAUCUCCUCUAACAUAUUAAAUAAAGAAAUUAACAACAAA